UUAGCGAUGUCCAUAUUAUUGCAUGUAUAUCUUUAGGUGUAGUUACAUGUUAGGUAAAUACUAAUGAAAGAAUCAGCUGUUAUGGAGCCUUUUGCUUCACCUCCUCCUCCACCUCCUCUAUUAGCUCCAACUAAAAUUAUACUUACUCUUGAAGAUAAAGAAACAAUGUUGAAAGAAGAGAUAUUAAAAAAAUGGGAUGACUUACAAAUAUAUGUGAAGUACUUAGAGCAGCAAUUAGAAGAUUUAUCAAAACCUCUUGACCAGAAAUUAAAGCUUCAGCAACAGGAGUCUGCGAGAAAAGAAAAUCUUCUUGUUAUGCGAUUAGCAAGUAAAGAGCAAGAAAUGCAGGAGCUAGUUGCACAAAAUCAAGAGUUAAAACAAGCUCAAACUCCAUCAAUGAAUCAGCUGCAGAGUAUGCUCAUUGAUCCGGCUGUCAAUUUACUAUUCGAAAAAAUGAAAACCGAACUUACGGAAACUAAAGAUAGACUUGAGCAAGCACAAAAUGACUUAAAUGCGUGGAAGUUCACGCCCGACAGUGUCACUGGAAAGAAACUAAUGGCAAAAUGUCGCAUGUUAAUUCAAGAAAAUCAAGAACUUGGAAUGCAGUUGUCACAAGGUAGAAUUGCACAAUUGGAGGCAGAGUUAUCGUUGCAAAGGAAAUAUAGUGAAGAACUAAAAGCUAGUCAAGAUGAAAUGAAUGAGUUUGUGAUCCAGUUAGAUGAAGAUAUGGAAGGCAUGCAAGCAACAAUAUGUGCAUUGCAGCAACAAUUAAAAGAUGCAAAAACACUAAAUCAAAGAUUAGAGCAAGAAAAUAAACAAUUGCGUAAAGCAACCGAAUAUACUUUAUCAACACAUAAAAAUCAACAUUUUGAUGGUUCAAACUCUAUUGAAGAAAAAAAUUUCGGAAGCAGUCACUUGAAAAACUAUGAAAAAUUAGACGUGCUUGAAAGAAAUCAUUUAAAUCAUCAAGCUGUCAAAUUAGAAGAAGACUCUAUUGAAAGAACAGAUCCGAAUGACAAAAUCGGUUCGCCAAUGAGUAUAGACAGAAAUAGUGAAGUUAAACUUCAGUUGGACUCUUCUACUAAUGGUUGUACUGACCUGUAUAAAGACAAUGAAAUUUCAGUGCACCUAGAUCAUUCACCUGAUGAUUUUGCUCACUCCGUAAAUAUAAACAAUGAAUCUUCACCUCGGUUACCCAAAGGAGUUACAAAGACUUCAUUUUCUAUUACCGAUCUUUUAGCUGACAGUACAAAUAAAGAAUCUUGCAAUACAAUUUCUGAAGUGACUAUGGAAAUACAAAAGCGAGAAGAAAGAAACGGUGUUCUUAGUGAAGCUGAUGGUUCAGCUGUCUAAAUAUAUUUAUUUUUUUAA